CUUAUUGCACAUGGCCGCACGUGCUAUGGAUUCAGAAUUAUGAUAUUAUCCACGCUCGAAUCAAUCAGCAAUCAUAUUCAUGAGCGUAUGAGUAAAAGACCCAAACAAUGGGAGCCACUAAAAUGUAAUUACUGUUUAUGGAAAUUUAAUACCGUGGAAGAAGUCAUUGCACACAGGAAAUCAUGUAAAUAUUUAGUAUCGAAAAAAAUACUGGAACAACUGUACACAAGUCUUAGGGUGAUGUGGGCCGACGAACAGUUUACAAUGAUAUCGUUACCUUCUACUUCGGCAGCGACGCUAAGAGACGUAAUUAAAAAUCCUGUUGAUUUAUUUCUUGCCCUAUCUAAUAUUAUGAUGUCUCCUCCUCCUCCUGCGCCAUCAACGUCAAAAGACAAAAGUUCUGUACAGAAAUCUCCAGAAAAACAAGUAACACUACCAAAGUACACUGGCACCGAAAAAGAUCGUGCCACAGAAUCUGAAUCCAGUACGAUGUCUCCUCCUUCUCCUGCGCCAUCAACGUCAAAAAACAGUUCUGUACAGAAAUCUCCAGAAAAACAAGUAACACUACCAAAGUACACUGGCACCGAAAAAGAUCGUGCCACAGAAUCUGAAUUCGGUAUAAUGUCUCCUCCUCCUACGCCAUCGCCAUCAAAAGACGGUUCUGUACAGAAUUCUCCAGAAAAACAAGUAACACCACCAAAGUACACUGGCACUGAAAAAGAUCGUGCCACAGAAUCUGAAUCCAGUGCGAUGUCUUCUCCUCCUCCUACGCUAUCAACGUCAGAAGAUUCGAGUGAAGAGAGGAAAUCUCCAAGAAAAUCUCCAAAACGAGUCUUGGAUGCUGAAAAAGAUCGUGCCACAAAAUCUGAAUUCAGUUCGGAACCGUUCUCUCCUCCGUCGAAAAUGUUUCGUUCCAGUGACAAAGAUACAAAAGAACAUCAAGACAAAACGAGUAUAACUGUCAUUGAUAGUAAAACAUGUGAUGAUAGAAACAAUGCAUGCGCAAAAGCUGUAAGUUUAGUUUGA